AUGCGGCCAGGACCCGGGCUGGUCGUGAUGGCGCUUGCGUUUAUUUCGGGGGCUCGGCGAGGCACCGGUCAACAGAGCAGCAGUGCCAGUCAGAGUGGCAAGUUGGGCAAAUUUGGAGAAGACAAUACGGAAGGAGACGGAGCGCUAGCGCGGAUCAAUCCGUGGCUUUCGGCGUGCGAUCUGGAGCAGCCCAACUCGGCACCGGAUCUCCAGGGUCAAUGUUCAGCCGGUACACUGCCUGUGGCCUGGAUAAACGAAGGUCCUGGACCGCCACCGCCAUGUGCGACGUUUCGUGCACAUGAUAAAUAUAAUAAUAAUAAUAAUAAUAAAAUUAGCACUAAGCCAUACAAUAUUGAUAAUACUAAAUAUAACAUGGAGAACCGGUUAAAUGAUAAACAACAGUGCCUUGACUAUUUGGGCGAUAAUGGAGAGUUAAGUCCAGCACAAAUUUGUAAAAAGUCGUCACAAAGUAUUGAGACCAAGUUAAAAACAUUACGUUUAAGACAUUGUUGUGAACGUACCGUCGGCAGUGCUUUACACAACGCAGCCUACGCAGACGUGCUGAGCGGCGGGGCCGGCUGCACCGACCGGCUGACCGAGCUGCUGGAGACGGACGCGCUGGCGGCACGGAUCACAUGCGAAUUUACCGAGGUGCUGAUACGGUACGACUGCGGACAGAAGUACUCCAUCAUACACCGCUGUGAGGAUUGUAAGGAGGCAUAUCGAAGGUGGGGCUGCAGUGUUUUUAUACCGUACUUCGCGUCGAGGGAGGACAUCAAAAGUGUUAACAAUAAAACCGGUAAUCGAGACAGUGACCGAGCGACCCAGGGGAAAUCGAACGCCAACCAUGGGACCGCCGCGAACAAGCAGACUGAGCCGAAUUUGAGCGAUGCGAACAAACAGCAACUAGUAAAAAAUAUAUCAAUCACUGUAAAAAGUUCACGCCGAAAACGAGUACGAGUACGACCGUGUCUAAACGUAUGUCAAACCGUAGAGCAAAAGUGUCCGUACAUGCUGCCGGGCGACCGGGCACCAGCCUAUCCGACGCAGUACGCCGGCGAGCCGACGUUUCUCUGUCGAGAUCUUAACAUCGAAGAAACGGGAGAGCAGCUACGUAAGUCGAAUAAUGGUCCGACCGCGUGUUGCUACGACUACUGCAGCUCGAGUCCAGCCGAUGGGCUGUGUGCACGGUGCGAUCCGCUACACAACGACACGGUGCAGGAGGAUGGCGAGCUGGCGUUCAGCAGCGAUCUACCAUCGAUAUCGCCCAGCUGUCCGAGCAUAGCGUCCGCUCCCAGCAGCUCCUCGCAGUCCGAGCAGUGCCGUUUGGCGCAGAUCGCCAUCUCGUCCCCGGACACGACUACCAGCACCGACACCACCGCCACCACGACCACCAGCACACCCAGCAGCAGCAAUAGGGGAGCAACGGCAUCCAGCACGGCCAUGACACUUCCAUCAUCCACCUCGCCAUCGUCAUCGCCAUCGAGGGCACUGUCGUCGCUGUUGAGGGCUCUGUGCGCCCUCGGGUCAGUGUACCGGACGCACACCGGUGGUGUGCACUCGUGGGCUGCCCUUUUGGUGAUGCUGACCGCGGGGCCCGAGUUCGCCAGCUGGACGAAACAGCUGGUGCAUCUGCUGGUCGUGUUAUAGCUCACGGUGCGGGGGCUUCGGGUGAUUGCACGCUCGGUGUAGCCUUCCCGGAUGCUCCCCAGCGGGCCCCGCUAGCCCGGCCUUGGCAGCUAUGCUGCAGCACCGUGCUGAUAGGUGUAGAGCGGGCCCGCUCAGGACGAUACGAAAGUGACGUAGUAACAAGAGAGAAGAAGAAAACAAAACGGCACAACAUCCCGCCAACAAACGCUGUUCAACCGGUAAGGCGUCUCCAAAUGUUAUAAGUAGGAAAUAUCAACCACAUUGUUCAACAUUCACCAGACAGUCAGAAAAUGAAACCCCAAAAAUAAAUUGCAGUAAACGCCAAAACAAAACAAAACGAUGCCAAACCGACCAGAAUAAAAAAAACAAACGGUGUACGGUUAAGACGUUUCCAAAAAUACAAAAAACAUAAACGUUCGUGUUCUGACGGAAGAAAAAUGCAAAGUGAGAAAAAAGACAGCAGUAUAACUAGAGUGCAGAACAAACUUAACACACACAGAAACUCGCUCGCAAAGAGUUAAAAACAGAUAAACAAAACACAUCCAAACUCAUAAACGACGUGUAGCGCAAUAAACAAAGAAAGAAAGAAACAAACAAACAAUUUAACAAAUUAUCGAAUUAGAAAACGGAACGACUCCGGGUAGCAGAAGCAAAAGGAUUCAAGGGAAGAAAACAGAAUCCAAAAGCAACUCGGAUCAUUCCAACGGGAUUCUUCAGCGGAAACGGGUGGUGAGGUGAAUGAUAGGAAAAGGAUAAAGAAAAACGUAUAUAUACAUAUAUAUAUAGGUGAUCGAAAAAGAGUUAAACUGAAUAGAAUUUUGGAACGCAUUAAAAAGAGGUAACGAAAAAGCUUAAUAAAUAAGCAGUUCACCGAAACCGAAGGCAGUAAGGUAACAGGUAUUGAGGACGUGAACAUAGGAGAAAACAAAUAUUAUGCUGGAUUCAACUAAAAGUGCACUAAAUUUUCAAACACGGGCGCCAAGAUAUCGAAGUGCACGCGGUCUAACUUGCUCCCAGCAGGCCCGCAAGGGGAAAUUUGUGUUGGAGCAACAUAAACGUAUACAAUAAAGUUCCAAAAAUGGAAACGAAAUAACCAGCACGAGCGAAGACGGUAAAGCUGAAAUGAAAACAACUGUAUGUAACAAGAGGGGAAACCACAAACACGACAACUGAUGGACAAUUUAGGUGAAAUAUUGAAAUUACAUUAUUGCUAAGAUUAAGAAGAGGAAAUAAGAAUGUUAAACAUAGGUAUAGUGGAGAAAACCCAAAAAAACACGCAACUUACUGGAAUCCAAUGUUGGUUGGCGACAUGGUAUGGUUACAAUUUAUCGACAUUACACCAAAACUAUGAAAGAAGUAGUGCGCACGGGUGAAACUAUUGUGUUAAAACUGCUCCUAUUCGGUGUGUCGUAGGCUUUGCCUUUUAGGAAGAGGCACACUGGAAAACUUGGACAGGGGCGUUGGGUGCAUGUUGGUUGUUAGCCUGAAACCAUCAGUGAGCUCUGCUGUUGGCCGAAGGAACAAAGUGGGAAUGUCCGUGUACAGAGCAGGAGAAAACAGUGUUAGUUUUGUUUGUUGUGAUGUGGGAAAUUGUUGUUUUCGCGGUGAACCGUUUUUGUUAUUUGUGUUGAUAAGUUUUUGUGCAUUGGCUCCCACCGAAUCAGCGAGCCAGCAGAAAGAGGCUGAUGGAGUUUAUAGUGAUAAACAAGCAAACGGGAAUGAAACAAAAGAAAAACCGCAAACCGAACAAAGAAUUCCUGUAGACUACAAAUUUCAUGCUACAACUACCAAGUCGAAUGAUCGCAGGAAUAUGAGAUGUAUUCUAGUAGAUUUUACUCAACCUUCCACUAGCGAACUUCUCUCAAUGCGUCUAAUGAGAAGACUGGAUGGAACUCGGUAAUGGACAAACCAUCCUCGUACACGUACAUACACACACACAAACUCAAAUAUACACACUGUCACCUUCGCUCACCUUCAACCACAUAGUCAAAGAGUACACAGUACACCAUCAUACAAUAUAUUAACUCUUUAACCUACUAGCAAUGCAUCGUUGAAAGUGUAACCAAGUCCCACAAGAAGGGUAGCACGCGGGAGGAACAUGAAUCAGCCGAGUGACACAACAGGGUGUGCUUCCCACAGGCGAAAAAUCAGAUUUAAAGAAAUAACACUAGCUGUAAUUAGGAACUCCUAACAACACACCAACGUACCACGUUUGCAUAGAACGACGAUGGACCUCUAGGAAAGCAAAUCAAGCGAUGAACAAAAGAUAGGUAAACCAAACCACGUACCAUAAAACUCAAUCGGCAGAAGUUUGUCAGGGUGUAUAGCACGCUUUGGAAAAGGAAAAGUGCGAAACAAAAGAAAGUCUUGGCAAAAGAGAAAGAGAGAAAAGUGAGCAGAAAGUGUGGAAGAG